AUGGGAGUGAACAUGCCGGCACGGAGUGUAAUCUUCACGGCGUGGGUGAAGCACGAUGGGGCUCAGCGGCGAGCUUUGCUGCCAUCGGAGUACACCCAGAUGGCCGGCCGGGCUGGAAGACGAGGUUUGGACUCCGAGGGCCACGUCUUCUUGCUUUGUGGCGAUGAGGUGCCCGACCAGAAGCAGAUCACUCGGAUGAUGACUAGCAAGGCAGAGCCGCUGGCAUCGCGUUUUCGUGUGACUUUUGCGAUGAUCCUGCAGAUGAAGCGCUUCGCGGAGAGCGGGGUGCGCGUGGAGGACCUCCUGGGGCAGUCCUUCCUGGAGAAUGCCCGGGCCCGCCGGAGGCCCGAGGCGAGGCGGCACCUGAAAGAUCGCAUGCAACAGUUGGAGGCGCUGCCAGCGCUGCAGUGCAUCCUCGGUGAGCCAGACAUCCAGGACUACGCAGCCUUCGAAGAUGAGGCGAGGCUCUUGGGAACUCAGCUGCACAUGCGCCUGUACGACUCCAAGUCUCGAGACCGCAUUUUCUGCCCGGGGCGCGGAUCUAAGCAUCUUCAGCUUCGGCCCAUCUUGUCUCCCGCCUCCGCGUCGCAGGCAUGA